ACUUAACCUUGAAUUUUGUUUAUUUGGCAGCAUGUAGAUGUUCUCUUUUAUUAUCUGAGAAAGAAAAUAAAAUCUGGAUGUGCUGCAAACAGUAGAUGUACGUCAACUGAUAAUUUUUUUGAUCGGCGUAUUCAAACUCUCUACACAGCAUACAAGAAAAAGCAAGAUGUGUCACUUGUUUCUUUGAAACAUACAGUGGCUAUCUACAUUAAAGGUGGUGCUAUGCGUUGCAAUACGAAUUGGGCUGAUGUUGACGAUGUUCUUUUUCCGAUCAAUUGUGUUAACGAUUGGCAUUGGAUUUUGGCUCGCCUGAAUUUCAAGGAACGAUGCAUCUAUAUCUACAAUUCGUUGAGGUCGGCGCAAAAUGACAGAUCAGCAACUGAAUAUGUUACUUCCUACAGUGUGUUACUUCCACUAUUCCUUCAAGCUACCAAUUUUUAUGAUUCUCGAGAUGACAUCGAUACUACUGCCGGUGCUUAUGAGGGAAAGAGAAUAACUGAUCCGUUCAGAAUAGAGAUUGUGGAAAACAUGCCUAUCCAAAAUGAUGUUGAUUGUGGAGUUCAUAUGUUUUCCGCUGCUGAGUUCUUUGUUGAUGGGAAAGUUAUGGGGCAUGAUUAUGAUGUCAAAGAACACCGUGCUCGUUACGCUUCGUCAUUAUAUUUGUAUGCUCGUUGGAAGGAAAGCUCUUCUUGUGUUAGUGAAGAUGAGGGUCCUCUAAAACUCAAGAGAACAUCUGCCUAGGGAGUGAAGAGGAAGCUAAUUUAUGGAGGUUCAAGAUGAAGAAUGUUAUUGAUUUUUGUUUGUAAAGAAAGUCUCCUUUUUGUCACACUUUUAUUUUGCUUGGAGGACAUAAAUGUCCAUUUAUUUCUUAUUUGAAGUCUAUUUUAGAGUAUUUGU